UACCAUGGUUUCAAAAAGGAAAUUGUCCAAAGUUGAUGCUUCUGAAGAGAGCUGCAAGACAGACUUGCCAAAAACCAAGAAGUCACGGAGUUCUGAUAAGGAAAAUGCUUCUGCCUUCUGUGGAUUGGAGAAUGAGGGAGUCUUUGAAGAGCUCCUCAGGACAUCAGGAAUUGUGCUGAAAGCUGGGGAGGGACAGAAUGAAAUAGCUGUUGAUCAAAUAGCUUUCCAGAAGAAGCUCUGCCUGGCCCUGGAGAAGCACCCUACUUACCCUGCUGUUGUGAAGCAGUUCAUCAGUGGCCUGGAAUCUCACAUCAAGGACAGGAACCAGUUCAAGAACUGCCUCUUGCCAUGCACUCCUGUACGGACUGAGGGGUCGAGGAAUCUGGUGCACUCAUAUUGUGAAAGCCUCAUUAAACUGCUUCUUGGGAUUAAGAUCUUACAGCCUGCUGUCAUAACACUGUUGUUGGAAAAGAUCCCCGAAUUCUUUUUUGACAUUGUGGGCACCUUUGGAACAAAUUUCCCCCGGCUCAUCAUCAAUCAGUUUAAGUGGCUUGACAGGCUCCUUGACAGCCAGGAUCUGGUCAGGAAGUUAAUGCAGAUGGUUAGUGUCUCUCCAGUACCAAUCCAGCAUGAUAUUAUCACCAGUUUACCUGAGAUCCUGGAGGAUUCCCAGCAAAGUGAGGUUGCCAGAGAGCUCAGCUGCUUGCUGAAGCAGGGCAGACGGCUGACAGUGCCAAUCCUGGAUGCUCUUUCUCGUCUGGAUCUUGAUGCAGAGCUUGUGGCUGAGGUGCGACAGUCUGCCAUGACCAUUGUGCCUUCUGUAAAACUGGAAGAUUUGCCUGUAGUAGUAAAAUUCAUCCUCCAAAAUGUCAAGGCAGCAGAUGCAGUAGAGGUGAUUUCUGAUCUUCGUAAGAGCUUGGAUCUGUCCUCGUGUGUUCUGCCCCUGCAGAUUCACAAUUCCCAGAAGAAGAUUAAAAGCCAAGUCCAGACCAGUUCUUCCCUGAGCCAAGUAACCACCAGCCAGAACUGUGUGAAGCUACUUUUUGAUGUCAUUAAGUUAGCUGUGAGAUUUCAGAAAGAUGUCUCUGAAGCAUGGAUUAAGGCUAUUGAGAACUGCACAUCUGUGUCUGACCAUAAGGUUCUGGAUCUGAUAGUUUUGCUGCUAAUCCAUUCUACAAACACCAGGAACAGGAAGCAAACUGAGAAAGUUUUGAGAAGCAAAAUCCGAUUAGGCUGCAUGCCAGAACAGCUGAUGCAGAACGCCUUCCAAAACCAUUCAACGGUUAUCAAAGACUUCUUCCCUUCAAUCCUAGCCCUUGCUCAGACAUUUCUGCACUCAGCACACCCAGCUGUGGUCUCCUUUGGCAGCUGCAUGUAUAAACAAGCUUUUGCAGCCUUUGACUCCUACUGCCAGCAGGAGGUUGUGACUGCUUUGGUGACUCACGUGUGCAGUGGAAGUGAGACAGAGCUGGACAUUUCUCUGGAUGUGCUCACGGAUUUGGUGGUGCUGCACACGUCCCUGCUGAUGCGCUAUGCCACCUUUGUGAAGACCAUUUUAGACUCUACACAGAAACUGAAUCCAUGCCAGAUCCGGAAGCUUUUCUACAUCCUCAGCACUUUAGCAUUCAGCCAGAAGCAAGAAGGGAGCUACAUUCAGGAUGAUAUGCACAUGGUGAUCAGGAAAUGGCUCUCCAGCACGGUUCCCAACCACAAGCAAAUGGGGAUUAUUGGUGCUGUUUCCAUGAUAGGCAGCGUGGCAUUAAAAAGGAAUGAAGGAGAUGCUGCUUCACUGGAGAGACCAGAGCUGAACAGUGAGCGUGAUGAGCAGCUGUCUACCCUGCUGGACCUGGUGCGCUUCUGCUGUGAGCAAACACCAGAGGUCUUGGCUCUGUACUACGAUGAAUUUGCCAGUUUGAUUGAGAAGCAGAAGGGCAAUUUGGACUUGCAGCUCCUCGAUGAGUUUGGGAUUUGCUGUCAUAAAAUUUUGGCAGUGUCACCCCUGUGUCUGUCACCCUGUUUCCGGUUGCUGAGGCUCUACACUGCAGAGCAGAACAGUGGAAGCCUGGAGGAUAUUGAUGCCUUACUAGGUUGUCCCCUGUACCUGACUGACCUGGAGGUUGAGGGGAAGCUGGACUCUCUGUCCAAGCAGGAGCGUGAAUUUCUGUGCUCACUCCUGUUCUAUGCUCUCAACUGGUUUCGUGAAGUUGUAAAUGCCUUCUGCCAGCAACAGGAUGCUGAGAUGAAGGGGAAAGUUUUAACUCGAUUACAGAACAUCACAGAGCUGCAGAAUGUGCUGGGAAAAUGCUUGGCAGCAACCCCUGGCUAUGUCCCACCACCAGCUACUUUUGACUCUGAGGCCCUGGAGGCUGCACCAUCCAUUAAUGCUGCUGGUCCAGCCAGGAAAAGGAGUGGAAGGAAAAAGAAGGCUGAUGGCAGCAAAGCUGGCUCUGCAGAUCGUUCUCAAGCAGAAGACAGUUCUGAGGGAAACCAGCCUGAUACUGAGCUCUCUGAGCUGGACAAGACUGGUGCUGACAGAGAGGCAGAAAGUCCUCUGGCACAGCUGCAGAGCUAUCGCCCGUACUUCCGAGAGCUGGACCUCGAGGUGUUCACUGUGCUGCACUGUGGGCUGCUCACAAAGUCUGUCCUGGACACAGAGAUGCACACAGAGGCUCGUGAAGUUGUGCAGCUGGGGCCUGCUGAGCUUUGCUUCCUUCUGGAUGACCUGUGCUGGAAGCUGGAACAUGUGCUGCCCUCGGGCUCCACAAGGAGGGUGCCCUUUCCAAAGGAAAGAGGCAACAAGGAUAUUGGCUUUUCCCAUCUGUGUCAGAGAUCUCCCAAGGAAGUUGCUAUGUGUGUGGUUGAUCUACUCAAGCCAUUGUGUAAACACAUGGAGAACAUGCAUAACUACUUCCAGGCAGCUGUACAAGCUCAGGGUGCAGAAGAUGAACCAGGAGUGAACAUCCAGGAGCACCAGCUGAUGUCCUCUUGCUACCAACUGCUGUUACUGACUUUUCGCUGCUUAUUUGCUUGGAAUGGUUUUUCUCAGCAUGAAAAUACUGACUUGCUGAGGUCAGCUCUCCAGGUGCUUGCAGACAGGCUAAAGCCAGGAGAGACAGAGUUUCUUCUUCUUGAGGAACUGAUAAGUGAGAGCUUUCAGUACCUCCUGAAUUUCCAGCAGAGUGUUCCCAGCUUCCACUGUGCCUAUAUCCUCACUCAGCUCCUGAUUGCCAUUGCUGAGAAACCCGUGGCUGGCUGGAAGAAGGAGAAAAUGGCUUCUCUAGCAAAGCAGUUCCUCUGCCAGUCCUGGGUGAAGCCCAGUGGAGACCGAGAGAAGGGCAGCCAGUUCAACAGUGCCCUGCACACGCUGCUCUGUGUCUAUCUGGAGCACACAGAUAACAUCCUGAAAGCCAUAGAGGAAAUCUCCAGUGUUGGUGUUCCUGAACUGAUGAACUCUGCCAAAGAUGGAUGUUCUUCUACUUAUCCUACCCUAAGCAGGCAGACAUUUCCAGUUUUCUUCAGAGUAAUGAUGGCUCAGCUGGAGAGUUCAGUGAAAAGCAUCCCAGCUGGAAAACCCUCAGACUCAAGUGAGGUGCAACUGGAGAAGCUGCUGCGCUGGAACAUCGCUGUGCGCAAUUUCCACAUCCUCAUUAACUUGGUCAAGGUAUUUGACAGCAGGCCUGUACUCAGCAUCUGCCUGAAGUAUGGCCGCCUCUUUGUGGAAGCAUUUCUGAAGCUUGCCAUGCCUCUCCUGGACCACAGCUUUAAAAAGCACACGGAUGAUGUGCAGAGUUUGCUGAAAACCUUGCAAAUGAGUACCAGACAACUUCAUCACAUGUGUGGCCAUUCCAAGAUUCACCAAGACAUUGGACUGACCAACCAUGUGCCUUUGUUGAAGAAGUCCCUGGAACAAUUUGUGUACAGAGUGAAGGCAAUGCUGGCAUUCAACCACUGCCAGGAGGCCUUCUGGGUCGGCAUCCUCAAAAAUCGGGAUCUUCAGGGAGAAGAAAUUUUGACUCAGGCCUCUGAGGAGAGGGGCUCGGAUGAGGACGAGGAGGAUUCGGCGGAGGGCCCGGCGGAGGAGGAGCCGAGCAGCAGCGACACGGACGGCAGCGAGGAGCGCGGCGGGGCCGGGCCGGGCCCGGGGGCAGCGCGGCCCUGAGGCACCGGGCGGGCGGGCGGGGCGCGGCUCCCGCGCAGGCGCGGCGGCGGCGGCGGCCAUGUCG